AUGAUCCCUGUGCCUCUGUUGGUGUUUGUGAUGGGAGCCUGGUGUGCUGUCUAUCUCGCCGACACACUGCUGAAGUCGUCAGUGACUCAUCGGAUCAGAUAUGAGUCAUGGUUGGCGAGUCGAGGGCUGAUGUUGUCUCCUUUCCAUUUGAGAUGGCAAACCACCAUGUUCAACCGGCUGUUUGCGUACUGCGCCCGCAUCAACCCCCGAGCCCAAUACCUGUGGUUCAACAGCGGUCUGGUGUUUGGUAUAAUUGCCAUGGUGGGAUCGGUGGUGCUGCUGGCCAAGACGCUGCAGCAGACGCUUGCUCAGAUGACCACAGACAACCCCCGGAUGGGAAGUCAGCAGACCCUGCAGGUGGUGAUCCCUGGUGUCAAUCUGCCCACCAGUCAGCUGGCCUACUUCUUCAGCGCCCUGAUGCUCAGCGGAGUCAUACAUGAGCUGGGCCACGCUGUGGCAGCAUUGAGGGAGCAAGUACGAGUAAACGGCUUCGGCAUGUUUGUGUUUGUGGUGUACCCCGGUGCGUUUGUGGACCUCUUCACCACACACCUCAACAUCAUAUCACCCACUCAGCAGCUCCGCAUCUUCUGUGCUGGAGUGUGGCACAACUUUGUUCUGUGUGUGGCAGCGUUAGCCUUCCUCUUCCUGUUGCCCAUUUUUCUGUUCCCCGUGUACUCCACCGGUGGCGGGGCGAUGGUCACCGAGGUCGUGCAGGGCGCUGCGGCUGACGGUCCCCGGGGUCUGUCAGUCGGGGACAUCGUGACAGGGCUGGAGGACUGUGCAGUCAGGGGUGUGGAGGACUGGAGCAGCUGCCUGUCUCACAUCUCUCACACCCCACAGACUGGAUACUGUGUCCCCAGCACCAGUCUGCAGCCCAGCUGGGCCCAUGGACGAGCGUUCAAGCGUUUGGAUGGAACGAUGGACUGCUGCAGCAACAACAGCCUGACAGACCUCUGCUUCUCUUACAUGAAACCACAGAGCAAGAGCAGCAGAGAGAGAGAGUACGCCUGCAUGCCGGUGCGUAAGAUGGUGACGGGGACGCAGGUGUGUCGCGUCGACGACAACUGCGCAACCGCACACUCCACCGCCGCCAGCAUUUGCGUCACUCCGUCUCUGGAGAACCAGACUCGCUUCAUCCGUGUCACACACCCGCCCAACACACACAUGCUGUUUGUGGGGUAUCCGCCGCACCUUCAGUACGCUGUGAGUCUGACCAACUUUAUCCCCCGUUUUGGUUUCCUCCACCUGGAUCUGCCCGUCUUCUUGGAAACCUUCUGCAAAUAUGUGGUGUCCCUCUCUGGCGCGUUAGCCGUAGUAAACUCCGUGCCGUGCUUCGCUCUCGACGGUCAGUGGAUGCUGAACGCACUGCUGGAGGCCACGCUGGUUACUGUGGUAACGGACCGUCAGAAGCGUGAGCUGAUUGGUUUCUUCCUGCUGCUGGCGGGCAGCGCCCUGCUGGCGGCCAACGUGGCACUGGGCCUGUGGAUGGUCACGGCGCGGUAGCCACAGUGGCGAGCUGCUCUGGCGAGACUAAAAAAAACUAAAUGAAUAAAUCCCCCAUGCGGACUGAGAGUUGUCCUCUCAGGAUGUGUUUGACAAGUGUGGACCAUUAAACUGUGAACAUGCAGGGAACAGACCGCGUUACCCAAUUUCAGGAGACUGUUGAGCAGAACAUUACUCUGCUUUACUGGACCACCAGGGAAAUCAAUAACCAACCAUCUUCCACCAUAUACUCACAAAGCACACAUGUAUACAAAUGAAAAAAAAAAUGCACUUGCCGUAGAGCACUGUACGAUAUGACUGUUUACAAACACUGCACAAUCUUUCCAGAA